GACCUCCAAGAGCCCCUCUUGGACCCCAGGACGUUGGAUUUUUGCCUGAUUGCCGGUUUUUACGCUUGGAUCGUCGCCGGCCACUCGGAACUAGCCUAGAACCAUCGGAUCUCACUCGGAACAAUCGGAUACAACCCCAACCCCUCCCACACCCCUCCAACCGCCUCAGAUUGCCGUCAGACGACCCAAAUCGACCGGAUCAUCGUCGGACGACCCAGCCUGACCCCCAGCAGCCCCGGAGCGCCGCAGAAGGCCCCAGGACCCCUUGGAACGCUCGGGAAGGGCCCAGGCACCUCCCACCAGUGACCCUUACGACCUUGAACCAAUACCAGAAACCCUACACCAAUUCAAUUUUACCGGAGGUCGAGCUGCGCCAAGUAACGACCAUCAAGCGUGUUCAGUCCGAGCCUGUCACACCGGCUAGCUUGUCGCGUUCCACAUCCAGCAAAAGUACUACUCGGCGGUCCACUGUCUCUGCCUCUCAGCACGUGGUUUAUGACCCGACAGAAUCUGUGGGUCUUUAUUCAGGAAUGCGAUUGAUACGGUAUGACAUUGUCUGUGUCACAGACAAAGAUACGAUUGUGAAUGUGGAGAUGCAAAUGGUUACAGAGAGAUACUCUCUCAAUCAAAUGGUCUACUACUCCGCAAGGCUUAUUACGGAGAAGCGAGGUUGGUCAGGCAGUCAAAUUCCGCCCAACUUGUUUGAACAAAAUGUUGAAAAAGAUCUCAGCCUCAAAUUAAAGAAGAGUCGACAGGAGCGUACUUCAAAAAAGUGGAACAAUCAACUGCAACCAGUCUAUGUGGUUGCCAUUUGUGACUUCUCCUUGAAGUGCCUUCCAGGAGUCCCACCCGAACUACGGCCAGCGUGGUUGUGCUGGGCGGCCACUUUCUUUCAGGGAAGCAAAUGUCGCGUAUAUCCGGACGCAACUCUACCGGCUUUUUUACCAUUUGACCACAUCCAACAUUACUGCAUUGUCUCCCUUCCAAACUUUGGGAUCCCUGCGGAUGCUUGCAAAACACCGUUGGAACAGAUGGUCUGGCUCCUCCGUCAUCUCGGCUUAGAAGGUCAUACAAUUCCAGACUGGGUGGCAGAGAGUGAAGAUCUUAAACAUUUCAUUGAAACGAUCCGUCUGGCGGCGCUUUCGGACACGGACCGCGAUGCCUACCAGGACGAGUUGACACAAUUGCAGGUUUACGAAAACACUAGGUUGUUAGCCAUUGAGAAAGCCAAGGACAAGGGUCGAGAAGAGGGUCGAGAAGAGGGUCGAGAAGAGGGUCGAGAAGAGGGUCGAGAAGAGGGCCGACAACAAAAACAAAAGCUCCUCACUACGCUUCAAAACAUGAACUCAGCUGACCAAGAAGCUUACAUUGAGAGACAAAUUAAAGAAUUUUGUUGA